GAGUCGUGAAGCGGGGCAGGGAAAAAUCACUGCAGACCCCCUCACAACCUGCUCCAGCGCCGGCUCUCAGGGAGGCAGUUCAGGACACCGUGCGCCAAAAAACCGUUUCCUCCCGCCUGUGUCCUGUGUGUGUAAGCAGACUGAGAGCCACUGGGAACCGGAGUCAAGAGUCCUUGUACAUUUUCUGGUCCUUGUUGUCCAGCCCGCUGCAGCCGCGCUGUUCAGCGGAGCGCGUAACGAUCGCUCCGACCGACAGAGGGCGCUCUGCGUACGCGUACGCGCUCGUCGGGGGAGGGAGGGGAGCCAACAUGGCGUCUUCGACAGCUGCGCCGCUACUGUUUUGUUUAGCAUCGUUUUCACUGCAAACUAGCUCCCUCAGACUACUGUCCGAGCCAUGUCACAAACCCAUCAGAGACGACCGACCGGACUUUGUCAAGACGCAGCCCCGGCCGCAUGAGUAUGUGAAGGUGUCGGCCCUUCCUCUGUCGUGGGACUGGAGGAACAUCCAGGGGAAGAAUUAUGUGAGCGUUACAAGGAACCAACACAUCCCCCAGUACUGUGGUUCCUGCUGGGCCAUGGGAGCCACCAGUGCAUUAGCUGACCGUAUCAACAUCAAACGCGGAGGAGUGUGGCCGUCCACCUACCUGUCGGUCCAGAACGUGAUAGACUGCGGGAGGGCGGGCUCCUGUUAUGGAGGAGAUCACCUGAGGGUCUACGCCUACGCCCAUGAGAGAGGCAUCCCCGAUGAAACCUGCAACAACUACCAAGCCAAAAACCAAAAGUGCGAGCUGUUUAACCAGUGUGGCACCUGCUCCUUCUUUGAAUCCUGCAAUGUGGUGAAUAACUACACUGUGUGGAAAGUGGGAGACUACGGAGAAGUUUCUGGAAGAGACAAGAUGAAAGCAGAAAUUUACACCAACGGGCCCAUCAGUUGUGCCCUGAUGGCCACCGACGGCCUGGAGGAAUACGCUGGAGGGAUUUUCUCAGAGUUUCACCCCCUCUCUCUACCGAAUCACAUCGUGUCUGUGGCUGGCUGGGCUGUGGCGGAGGAAGGGACGGAGUACUGGAUCGUCAGGAACUCCUGGGGAGAGUUCUGGGGAGAACGUGGAUGGGCGAGAAUAGUCACCAGUGCGUAUAAAGGAGGAAAAGGCAACUGGUUCAACCUGGGUAUUGAGAAAAACUGUGCAUAUGGAGACCCUAUUGUUCCACAGAAACCUAAAUAAAGUGAUAGGCUCUAGUUUUGUCAUGUUGGGUUUAUUGAUAUAACUGUUGAUGAUUUGGGAAAUUUGGGAAAUUAAAUGAAUGGUUAGGAAA